GCCCCUCCUUGCCUCUGCGGGAGGUGGGCGCGCCCAAGACGGAACCUGGGGCGUCAGAACGAAAGGCAGUGGCGCCGCGCUUCCCGGCCGGACAGCCUCCAGCGCAGCUCCCCGGCCGGAAGCCUUCUCGCCGCCGCUUCCUCUCGAGAAGGCGUGGGGCGGGCUGUCCGGCCCGCAGGGCGGUCAAGCCCGCGGCGCCAUGGCUCACGUCGGCUCCCGCAAGCGCUCGAGGAGUCGCAGCCGGUCCCGGGGACGGGGGUCGGAAAAGAGAAAAAAGAAGAGCAGGAAGGACGCCUCCGCAUCCCAAGAGAGAAGCAAGCACAAGGCCCGGAGGAGACCACGAUCCAGCUCCUCCUCCUCCUCUUCCAGUUCUAGCUCCUCUUCUUCCUCCUCGUCCUCCUCCUCUUCCUCCAGUGAUGGCCGGAAGAAGCGGGGGAAGUACAAGGACAAGAAGAGGAGGAAGAAGAAGAAGAAGAAGAAGCUGAAGAAGAAGGGCAAGGAGAAGGUGGAAGCACAGCAAGUGGAGGCUCUGCCGGGCCCCUCGCUGGACCAGUGGCACCGAUCAGCUGGGGAGGAUGAGGAUGGCCCAGUCCUGACGGAUGAGCAGAAGUCCCGAAUCCAGGCCAUGAAGCCCAUGACCAAGGAGGAGUGGGAUGCCCGGCAGAGCAUAAUCCGCAAGGUGGUGGACCCGGAGACGGGGCGCACCAGGCUAAUUAAGGGAGAUGGUGAGGUCCUAGAGGAAAUCGUAACCAAAGAACGACACAGAGAGAUCAACAAGCAAGCCACCCGCGGGGACGGCCUGGCCUUCCAGAUGCGAGCUGGGUUGCUUCCCUGAGGGCCCCGGCUGGCCAAGGCCUGUGGACGGUGCUGGCGACCCGGCCUGGGCAGGCUUCAGGGUGCCAGUGGGAAGCCUGAUGAGUGCUGGUGGCCUUUUCCCCGUGGAUUGGCCUCUGGCCCAGCCCAGCCUCUUCUCACGGGCAGGGGGUGGAGGAUGGGGUCACCAGUCUGCUCGGCACCCCCAUCUGAAACAGCGACACUUCUAAGCUAUUAAAGGUUCUCUGGUUAGA